CGCAAAACAGACCCUUAAUUAUAUGAACUCAUCAGCUCAUCCUCCACCACCUCACCUCUCACGACUUCCAUUCAUCGCCGCACGGAUACUACAGUGCAGCGUUUUGUAAGCGUAGUCGCCGUCUGUCUGUCCUCUGUCACGCGAGUUCCAGUCCAGACCCGCUCCAAAUACGCUAGCCUCUCGGUCGAUCAGGCAGGAUGUGAGUAUCUGAUUUACUGAAAUCAGUCUUGCACCAUUUUUGUUUAUCUGAAGAAAAUUAGCUUGAUAAGCUAAAGUGCCUCACUUCCAUUGGACAUUGCUAUUCUAUUCAGCUUCUCCCUCUCCCUUCCAACACAAUCUGCCAUCAGGUUUUGGAAAACAUGAGUUCUCAUAAAAUAAAACCUCUUGUAGCAUUAAAUGGUACGGCUAAAGAAGCUGGCAUUGGACCAGGCAUUGGUUUAGUUGACAUAGGCGACAGCGAGUGUGCCUACCUUUUCCAAGUUUCUCUUCCCGGAGUUAGGGAUAAAGGAAAUUUAAAAUGCGACAUACAGAGAGAUGGGAAAGUGAACAUAGAAGGUGUGAUAACAGAGUCUCAUCAACUUUUAAGAAACUCGUCUGCGGGGCUGUAUCAGGUGAACGUUCAAGAGCUUUGUCCGCCCGGACCCUUUAGUGUGUCGUUCAGUUUGCCCGGGCCGGUGGAUCCCAGGCUGUGCUUUCCAACUUUCAGACAAGACGGUAUCCUGGAAGUCGUAGUAGUCAAGUUUGGUUUGCCUCACCACCUUGAAGGUGAAGGCGGCAGCUUGUCAGCAAAUUGGUCAAAUGGAUGGUUUCAACCGUCUUGACUGAAUAUUAGGGUCAGUGAAUGAUAGAUGCCUCUGGCUGCAGUUACCUUUUGUACAUUUCAUGAAGAAAGUAAUUAUAUAUAGACUCUAAGUUCAUCACCACUAUGUUUGAUGUAUACAUGCAGCCAUGCAUCUUGUUCUGAAACUACUUUUUAAACAUAAGAUUUUUAAGCCUGGCGGUGAUUACCACACUAAUUGUGCAAUGCUAAUUUCCUACCUUUGUGUUUUGUUGUGUUUUGCUUUGCCUAAAU